CGUUUGCCAUACGAUGGCGCAACAUCGUCCGCAUCACCUCUAUCACCGCCAUCGCCAUCGCCAUCGUAUGGAGAUCGUCCUCGAGAAUCCAUCCGUGCCGCCGAUCGCGACGGCCACGACGACGACUACGCAACUGGGUCUUCCGACGCGUCCGCCGCACCACUUUCCGCAUCGCGCGGCGUACGACGUAGGUUUAGGACGUAGCCCGUCGCUGUUGCCCGCGGAGGACUAUUACGCGAGGAAUCGUCACUCGUUAACGCCGUAUGGCGACCUGGAUGGCGCGCCGGCCCCGGUGACGGUCCGGCGAAUCGACAAGUCCGGAUUGCUGGAGAUCGCGGAAACGGAUCCCGUCACGUGUCCGCGUCCUUGCGUGCUCACCGGUGCGGAGGACGUAGCCGCGCGUGGCGUAUCGUUGCGGGUCGAUCGCUCCGGACUUCUGGAGGCUGUUCCCGAGGCAGUUGAUCAGCUGGAGGAACACAACGGCGGCGCGACGACCAAGUUGCUCGACGAGGCCGCGGGGGUGUCGCGAGCGGAAACGUUGAAGGUGGACGCCGACGUGAAUCCUCGCGUGUUCGAGGGUGGUUGUCUACUGGAACGGCCGUCAUCCUUGGAGGGGCAGGCCUGCCCGGACGAGGUCGACGCCCGAGCCCAUUCUGCGGAUUCCAAGGUGCUAAGCGGAAGCCCGCGAACUAAACUCGACGUUUCCAAAGCCACGGAGAGGCUACCGCACUUGCCGUACUCGCCCGGCUCUACCCUGCGUCGUCUUCGGAACGAUCCUUCGAGACGAUCCCCGUUGACGAACCGUUGCGUGGACGUGGAUUCGGCCCGCGGGCCGCCGAGUCAUAGAUCUCCGGAAUUCACCGCCAAGUGUACCGCCGCUAAUUCCGCUUCCAGAAAGCCUGCCGACCCGUCGCAGAGUCCAGUUACGCGGGAACGAUCGCAGAUGGGAUGCGCGAAGAGCAACGACUCGGACGUCCCGGCGGUCGACGCGAUCAAGACGCCCCGCGAAUCGCUGCUCGCGAGAACGGGCGCGAAACAGGGGGGCGAUCCGCCGGGAGAGGAGCGGGCCGAAGCGGAGGGAUGCGAGCACACGACCGUCGAGAGUCUCGAGGAGGACAAGGUAUCGUUCAAAGGGUCCAACAAACUUCUCGACAACGACAAUGUCCAGACGCUCAGAGUGAUCAUUCUGUCGGAACAAUUGUGAAAGUGACUCGAGUGCAAUGAUUACAGGUAGUGAUAUCAGUAUAUGCGUGAGUGCUCGUGAAUGAGCCAAGAGUAUACCUGGAGAGCCACAAGGAUACGGUCUCCACGGAGGAAUUACCAACCGUCGACAAGGAGGACGGUGCGUCCUGCGCGACGCGUCGUCUUCCCUCGUACAUUUAAUUUACCGAUAACUGACUCUAGGCUUUAAUUAAGACUUUCUAAGAAAUUUAUUGUUUAAAAUGUAUGUAUUUUUUGUUUUGUUGAACGUUAAUCUCGAGUAUCUUCUGAAAAGUUGAGAUAAUCAUCCAAAUCAUAAAUCAUUUAUCAUCUAAAGCGCAGCGCUUGGGCUCUCGCCUAUCUUCAAACCGCGGGAGAUUGAUUAUUUUACUGCUGACGCUUUGAAUCCGGCAAUUUUAUCAAUAUUUUACAAUGUUGUUGAUUCAGACGAUUAACUGCCAGCCCGGAUUCAAUGCGUUAAUCGUUAUACGUUCAAUUGGUCAAUCUCGACGCGGCCCACGAGGACAUUCCUCCAUGCCACAUUAUCGCGCGGCGUCAUUUUGUUAAAAUGUCUUAUUGCCACGGCACUCAUUAUUUUAUCGCAUUUACAAUUCGCUUUCGUCGAUGUUUCUUUCCGUCGAGCGCGUUUUGCAAAAGACGCGCACACUCCUCGCGGGACUGCGUUCUCCGAAUACGGUGUUAAAAGUACCAAGACACAUCAAUUUCCGGCCGCUCACGCGAGAAAGGAUGUCGUAGGUGUAAACGGGGAGAUGUUUCAAAGAAUGAGGGCAGGUCCGACGGAAAAUCUCGCGGGUCAAAGACGCGCGAGGGCUGGUCCCCGGCUAUACGCCUAUCGGUGAAGACUCGAUGCGGCGUUCGAUGCAUUUUAUACUUUUAUAUACACGAGUGUGAGGGUGACGGCGCCGUCUCUUCGAAACGACAAGCGAAUCGCGCGCGGCUCACCGAUAUAUCCGCGCCGAUCGGCGUUAUUACAUAAAUAAUUAUCAACCAGGCGGCGAUUAACGCCGCCGCGGUUUUGUAAGUAACUAGGCGUAGCGUUUAUAAGUAAGAGAUGCAUUCUCUCGCGCGGAGGAGGACAGUUUUUUCUUUCUCGAGAUCAGCCGCGUCGCGCGGGCCGUCGGGCUGAAAUCGGCGAGACGAUCAUUUCGACGUUAUCUACCUCGUGACGAAACAACCCCCGGCCAACCCGAGCAGUCCGGAGUUGAGGAACGUGCCGGGAAACGCGUCUCCCGGACGUCCCUCGGAUCUCUGUCUGUCGGACUGUCGCGUUGCCCGGGAGGGCGACGGCGCAUUGAGUGUUCAUCGCGCGACCGAACAAUUGUAAAUAACGGAGCGAGGUUCUCUAAGGUACUUUGCGCAAACGUAAGAAAUAUCCCCCGCGCCCCCCCACUCUUCCCCGGCGACGCUCUGCAAUUUGUAUUUCGCGCCGCUCCGCGAGUCACGAGUUGGACGCGACGAAGGAGCAAACGAAAUAUCUCGACGACAACGAAUUUCGCUGUUUCAGCCCGCGAUACUUCGGACUAACGAUAGACACUAAAAGUGUAUACACACUCAUUAUUUUUAUUUUUAUUUUUUUUUGGUACGUUCGUGCGGAUUCUACGCGUCACUCCGUUUUACAGUUGUACGCGGCGUGUAGAGAUCACGCGCGCGACGCCUGUUUGUUGAAUGUUUAUCUCCCUUUCCCUCCACCUUCUUCCUUUCGUUUAAAUAUGCAUGUCCAUAUUUUCUUCUUUAUAUUUUUGUAUCGUCGAUCGAACGCGUCGGCAAAGUUUCGUUUUCCCCUCGCUCGCGCGAGCAGACGCGCAAGUGUAACAGAACGGAGCGCAAACGCGUUUCGCCGACGAGCGUAUUAAGAUGAUCGAUCGCGACAUCGUAUUACGUGCGUCGGUAUACGUUCCACUUUUUGGCGCGGACACUUUUUGCGAACGCUCUGUAGCAUGAUAAAUUAUAAAACGUCCGUCUCGGCCACCGGCGUUUCCACCCUCGGACAAAACGGACGAAUCCGGAGGGUCCAGCAGGCCGAUCCACCUCGCCAAAUCUCGCCGGCCGCGUUUCCGAUUUAGGGCUCGAGCAGAAAGAUCGUCGUAACCGUUUACGACUCCACUGCAAGAACCCAAGUCGGUGUCGAGGGUCAACGCACAAAGAAUUGUCGUGGACGUAUGUCGCAUCCGUUGCGUCGCGAGGCGACACACGACAAUUCUCUGUGCGUUGACUUCCGACGCUGACUUUACUUGCGUCUCCAGACGGAAUCGUAGACAGUUACGGACAAUCUCUCCGCUCAGACCCUUACCUCUCCCCCAUUUCGUCGUAUCUUGGAUGGUCCCCGCGCGGGACGGUAAACGACUUGGCCGCGCGUUCGUUCGCACAUCGUUUGUGAUCUCAUUUGCUCGUAAAUGCAAUCUCGGAGACGUCGCGGUCGCGGACCGAUCGCGAGUCCACCAUCCGCGGAUCGACGUAAGACCCUGGCCGCGGUCGCGGCCGUUUAGUCUCGUGUACCACGACGUAGGCGCAAUUAGGAGAGGAAGGAAGGACACGUAAAUACUUUAAGUGUACUCCACCGAAAAAGGAUGUCGUGCUGCACGUACAACGCGAUCGUAACGAGUCUUGUUGGACGUAAUCUUCUUCGCUGAUUACUUCGCUAAUGAAAUACGACGGUAUUUAUCAAGCGUGAGGGUCGGUCAAGCCAUUACUGCCCGCUCGGGCGGUGAUGUUUUUAUUUUUCCUUUUACUAUUCGCCCUCGAUUUUCCUCUCUCCGACGAGUAUCUCCUGCGAGAGAAUUCGCUUUACCGGACACGCUAAUACGCUAUCCAAUAUUGAAAUAUUCCGUUUUACACCGCGAAAAAAAUAUCUGGUCUUUCUCUCUUUUCCUCCCUCGUUCAGUUUUUCGCAGCUGCAUUUUACUAAUUAUACGCGUUCUAUCUUCUAAUCUCUUUCCGCCUGUCUCGAUUUAUCUCGAUUCGAUCGCAUUUGAUUAGCGUUUAUUAUUCGAUUUAUACAUUCCCUUCGCGCUGCAUUGCAUGUUUUAUCAACGCGCGCUCUUUGGUAGCUCGCCGAUGACCGACGUAUGAAGAGCCACGCUGGAGAUCUCCUACUUCCAUGUCUUUCAUAGAACGAAAGUUGAGCGCUGACGUUAGACGUUGCGCGCAUGGCGCGUCUUGGGACGCCGGUAUAUUCAAGAUAAACGGAAUCUAUUCGUUUCUCGGCACAAUUACUCGAGGGACACGGGCGUAUCUGCGGCUGUGCCCCUUUGGCUGCCACGUAAAUUCUAGCCGCGAUAUACAAGGAGAGAGAAAGAUAGAGAGAGAGAGAGGCUGCGGAAUGGCAGACGCAGGGCGGGACAGGCGAACGGAAAAGGAACGGGGAAAAAGUAGUCGACAUAUUUUUGCACAACGAAAAAAAAAUCGUAGAUGGGUAACGUGUACGUUGAACACGCGUAUGUAGGGUUAAUAAAUUUCAGGAGCGCCAACAAGACCGUGUUCGAUCGAUUUUCGCUACCUUACGCUACGAGGAGAACGAGAAUUACCCUGAGAUUUUGUACAUAGUACAUAGCGAAGAGAGAGAGAGAGAGAGAGAGAGACAGUGUGCGAUUAGAGAGGGAAUGUGUGCGCAUGAGUGUGUGCGGGUAUGCGUGAUGCGAUUUAAAAAGAAAAAGAAAAAGAAAAAAUGUUACGUUGUAAGAUGAUGUGUAACGAAGACGAGCAGUUAAUCUGUAGUCUGAUACGGGUUUUAGGAUGGACGACGAGCGGAUCCUCGCGUGGAGGUUCCGCCGGCUCUCCCGCCGGUGGAAUCGGUCUCGCGAGGAUCGCCGAGUCCCUCGGGAUGAUCCGGCACCGCAACCGCGUGCCACGUGCCCUGCGCGCGGCUGCUCGCAAUAUAUUAAUUAAAUGAUACUGACGUCGCGCGUCGCGCGCACGCACGUGCGUGCACGCGUUGCAUC